CCCGCGGCUUCGUACUCGACUUCCAUGUUCACCUCCCUGGAUGUUGGCAGCUUGCAUCUCAAGCAUCGCGUGGUGCUGGCACCCCUGACCCGCAAUCGUGCCACGCCUUCGACGACUCAUCUAAGAACGUGGUUCCCGAAUGAACUUCUCGUCGAACAUUACACGCAGCGCGCGACAGCCGGAGGGCUGCUCAUAUCCGAAGCGAUGCACGUUAUGAUAGCUGUACCCGAUGAUCUUGCUUAUCUGACCCCGAUCUACAGUCCAGUAUCGUUGCGGGCAUCCGGUGCCCUGGGUGUUCCCGGCCUUUGGACCGACGAGCAGCUCGACGGAUGGAAAAGGGUGACAGAAGCAGUGCAUGCUCAAGGAGCCUAUAUCAUCUGCCAGCUGUGGCAUCAGGGUCGCCAGACCCAUUCUCGCGUCACCGGCUUGGAUACAUGGUCAUCCUCGGCAGUAGCUAUCACAGGCUCUGAACAUGGUGGCGGCGAGUCCGUUCCGUACGAGAGGCCCCACCCUAUGAGUGCCGAAGAGAUAGCAUUGACGCACGAUGAAUAUGUGAAUACUGCUCUGAGAGCCUUGUUGGCGGGCUUUGAUGGGGUCGAAGUUCACGCCGCAAAUGGCUAUCUUCCCGACCAAUUUCACCACUCUAACGUCAAUCAACGCGGCGAUCAGUAUGGAGGCUCAUAUCAGAAUAGGUGCCGCUUUACUGUGGAACUUGUAACGAAACUGUGUGGUGCUAUUGGAAAAGAAAGGGUUGGAGUUAGACUAGCACCCUUCGGAUUAUUCAACGAAGUUAACGGCAAGGAGCGUGUAGUCCAGUGGACAUAUCUCUGUUCCGAGCUAUCCAAGCGGGGUAUUGCAUAUGUGCAUAUGAUUGAACCACGCUUCGACGAGUGGAAGAGCGAAAUAGAGAAAAUCGACAUUCUAUUGCAUGCUGCCGACGAUAUGGGGGUUGCCCAUGAAAGCAGUAUCCCUUCCCUUAAACCUUUCCGUGCUGCUAUCCGGCCGCCAACCAAGCUCAUUGUAGCGGGAGGCUACAACUGGAUAAACUGCUGGGAUGGUAUCGACCGUGGCGAUCACGACGCCGUUGCUUUCGGUAGAUACUUCACGUCCAACCCGGAUCUCGUCGAGCGCCUGCGCACCGGGCAGCGGUUACGCCGAUACGACCGAUCCACAUUCUAUGGCCCUUUUCCCGAUCCCGCAUACGGGUACACUGCCCUUUCUGAAAAAAAUCGGGAGUGGGCUGUCCCAGAAGAUGCGGGCCAGUCGCAACUCGUGCCUCCACAGAAUGAGGCAACCACUGAAAAAGACACCCUGGAUCAGGAUUCCUCAGCUCGAACGUGA